UGUUUAGCCGGCGGCCACUCCGCGCUUCUUCGUCCGGUUCCGCUGUGCGGUUCUUUCCCACGGCCUGUCUUGUCCUCCCUUCCCCUGCCCCGCUGGGUCCACUUCUCCAGCUCUCGCCCGCCCUGGCCCAUGGCUCCAUGAAGCGCGGGGUAGUAGAGGUGGCGGCGGCGGCGGCGGCGGCGGGGAGGCAAGAGCAGGAGGAGCGGCGGUGGCGGCGGCGGUGGUGGUGGCGACGGCGGUGGUUAGGUUGAAAAGUAACUGGAGUAGGGAACCGUCUUCGCGUCAAGGAAAGAAAAGAUUUGGAAACAGGAAUGGGCCGUGAGAAAAGGAAAUUCAUUCCAGAAAUAAAAUAGCUUCCCCUUCCACCUGUCCACUUCCCCCUUGGCAGUACAAGGUUUCUGCUUUCAGGUUCUACAGUGCUUCAGACAGUAGGUGCUGAAUCAGGAUGGGAAAAAGACGCUGUGUUCCUCCACUUGAGCCCAAGUUGGCAGCAGGCUGUUGUGGGGUAAAGAAACCCAAAUUGUCUGGAAGUGGAACACAUAGUCACGGGAAUCAAGCCACAACUGUGCCAGUCUCUAGUUCAGGUCCUCUUCAGAACCACCAGCAUGCAGAUGGGGGCAGUGGAAGGGAGAAUGUAUCAGAUUUGACUUUAUGCCCUGGAAAUUCUCCAAUUACUCGAAUGAAUUCCACUUCAGGAGCAUUGAGCCCACUUGCCCGGCCUAAUGGAACUGCCAACAGCACCAAAAAUCUAGUCGUGACAGCGGAGAUGUGCUGCUACUGCUUUGAUGUACUCUACUGUCAUCUUUAUGGUUUCCCUCAGCCACGACUUCCUCGAUUUACCAAUGAUCCCUACCCACUCUUUGUGACAUGGAAGACAGGCCGAGACAAACGACUUCGGGGCUGCAUUGGAACUUUCUCUGCCAUGAAUCUUCACUCAGGACUCAGGGAAUACACAUUAACCAGUGCACUUAAGGACAGCAGAUUUCCACCCCUGACUCGUGAGGAGCUGCCUAAACUUUUCUGCUCUGUCUCCCUCCUCACUAAUUUUGAGGAUGCCACUGACUACUUGGACUGGGAGGUUGGAAUCCAUGGGAUCAGAAUUGAGUUCAUCAAUGAGAAAGGUGUUAAACGCACAGCUACAUAUUUACCUGAAGUUGCUAAGGAACAAGAUUGGGAUCAGAUUCAAACAAUAGACUCCCUGCUCAGGAAAGGUGGUUUUAAGGCUCCAAUUACCAAUGACUUUAGGAAAACUAUUAAACUCACCAGAUGUACUGGUCAACAGAGACUGCACCCCUGGGACCCAGUUGGCCUAGACACCAGAGGGGAUGUUAGCUGCCCACACUGUUUACCCAGUCCCACAAUCCCUUCAUCAAAGCAGCAACCAUCUCCAACCUUCCUAACUAAUUCAAUCAGAUACCGCAGUGAGAAGGUGACAAUCAGUUAUGCAGAAUACAUGGCUUCACGACAGCAUUGUUUUCAAAAUGGCACUCUUCAUGCCCCACCCCUCUACAAUCAUUACUCCUGACACAAAGCUGCAUGACCAGUCCCGACCCCCAGCUACCAGCUACGACAUCAUUGGAGCAGAUGCCUCCUCUUCCUGGUCCAGUUACUUCUAUUACUGCACCAUUUUAUGAUGCUAGCUUCCGUUGCCAAGUCUGCCUUCCAGUUGAUUAUGGGUGGUGGGGGCUACCAAGUGAGUGCAACUGAAUUUCAGAGGCCCAAGCUUACUUCAUUUUUCAGAAUGAGGGUUCAUUUGGACUGAGUACCUGGGACCAUUGCCGUUGGAUAGAGAGAAACUUGAGGAAUGGCAGUACCACUUCAGAUUGCUCUGUCUCUGUGUUAAAUUGCACUGUGUUCAUUUGAAUUGUUAAUUACAAUGCCCCCUGAUCAAGUAGGAGAUUUCUUCUGGCAGUCUGGCAACGGAGUCCAACAAAAGAUUUUUAGGUUAUUUGUAUUUUCUUUUUUUUUUUAAUCUCUAAUAUUUAUCUGCCAUAAGCUAAGUAGUCCUAACACGUCCCAAGCAAACAUGUUAGGACUUGUUAUAAGGAUGGUAUGUCUGGAAGUUCUCCUUGCAGAGGAUGGCAAUUAAUCAAAGAUUUAAAAGGUAAAAUAAAAUUUACUGCAGAUAAAAUGCAUUGCCUAUUCAUAUCCGGAAGGUUUUAAUUUAUACACCUAGCUACUUUUAUUUUUGACAGAAAAAGAAAGUAACUUACUAGAUAAGAUACUGCAUGCAAGAAGGCAAACCACUAUGGGUUGUGUAUGGAAGUAGCAUAGGUUUCCUUGUAUCCCAAAAGUAUAAUCUUUGGGGGGGUUGGGUGUCUUACUUAAAGUUCAGGUAGUAGGAUUUGCAAAUGAAUUGCAGCAGAUCUUUUCCCACAAAGCUAUCCUUAUUGUAAUAAAAAGAGUGUGGAUUUUUGUUAUUGAAAAUAUUCCAUGAGACCUAUGUUUUUCAUAGGCAGUGGGGUUUUUUGCUAGUGUAACACUAAUAGGUAAUAAAACACAUUACGGUAAAUGUUAGCUGAAGUGGGUUAUCAGAUCUGCAUGUGUUCUUGCUGCACUGAUGCUUCAGUUCUAAAUAAUAUACAGUAAUUGGAAGUAAAACUAAUUAACUUAAAUUAAUUGCUUCCAGUUAAUUGUACUUAGAAUUGAAACCUAAACAAUGUUAUUUACCCACCAAAAAAUUUAACUGGGAUCCAGGUUUUAAUAUCCUGUAGAUUUUCAACUUUUCUAUUGUUAAUUGAAUAUGCGGGAUACUGAAUAGUAAACAGAAAUUUUUUCAAAAUAUUCACUAUCUCAAUUUGUGUGAGUCAUUGUUAUCAUAAGAACAAUAAUAUCCCCAAAGUUAAUUCAUAAAAUGGUAGCAUUAAUCUUCUAAAUGAAAUGAAAUGCAGGGUUUCUGAAAAAAGUGAUAAUCAUCUAGAAAACCAGAAACAAUCAGAUAAUGACCUCAGCAUAAGGGCAAUAUGAUAUCAUAUUGCCCUAUAUGGAACAACAGUUGCUUUUGUAAAAAAAACCCAAAAAAGUAUCUAGAAAUUCCAUUUGAAUACAGGAUAAAAAAAAUCUCCAUCUCUUUGAACAAAUUAACCUUAUCAUGGCGAGACAGAAGAGUAAAUGCAAUCUCAAAGCAAAGCUUCUAAGGCCAAGUAAAUGCCCCAUUCUUAGAAAGAAGUAUAAGUAAAUAUGAAUUGCUUAUAUAUUGAGGUAAACAUUAUUUGUCAACACUUAAAUUGUUGUUUUGAAAAUGGCAAAUGUAUAGUAUCUUCUUUGCAACAGGCCUACUUCAGAGAAUCCAGGAUUCGUUCAAACUGCAUUAUUUUUCUAGCACUCUUCAUGUAUUUCAGGAAGAAAAAUCAUAUAGUUUAUUUAAUACUUGUAGAAGGAAGGGGUAAAUGAGGAAUACACACUAGCCAUGCACAAUAUUGUUAUAGCGUUUAGUUUUGCAUUGGGAUUAUUAAUUUGGAUUACUACUUUUCCCCUUUUUAUUAUGCUGAGAAGUAAAUAUACAUGAAGGGAUUUUUCCACAGUUUCCUAUUACUGAGAAUAAAUUAGUCUUCUAAAAAAUUAAAGUGAAUUGUUACUACUCUUACUGCUGCCCUCAACAGAAAAGAAACUGUAGAACGGGAAGGGAAAAUUAAACUCCGGUCAUGCCAUCCAUCUCUGCUCUCAGACAGUAUUGAACUAUAGGGCUACACAAAUUACUAUUAGUGUUCUAUGUUAGAAUUUCAAUUGUAAAGAUUUUUUUUAAAAGCAAAAAGGAAAAAAAAUGGUGCUAAACUUUCACCCCUGAGCACAUUUGGUAAGACUGGUCAUGCAAGCAUAUAGUGCCGUAUCAAUAUUGCUUUUUUUAAAAAAAGAAAAUGUUUGCCCUGUUACAUGUAAUCAGCAGUGUAUAGCAUUAAUUAUUUGAUUUUGUUUUAAUGAGUGUAGGGGAGUUUAGGAGUCAGAUGGGGGCCUUAAUAUUUUAAAAAACAGAAUUUUAAGAGUGACAACUUAUUUGAUCUAAUUUUAUCAUUAUAAUGAAAUAAGUCAAAAUAGUUUUGGAGUGAGAGCUGGUCCCAUUCCAUGCCCCCGUUUCCAACUAAUCCCCUAAUCCAUAGUAAUGGAAAUGCCUCUGUUAAAGUUGGAUUGUGAUUUUCUUUUAGUAGGUAAAACAGCAACAGGUAAUGGAGCACACAGAACAGUAAGAGAAAUGAUAUACGGUAAUUACAUUGAUCAAAAACAGAGUUCAGUCACAGUAUGGUAUGUCAAUGCUACAGAAUGAAUUGAUCAUGGAUCUAUAUAUAUUAUAUACAUAGUAGUGAUGUACUGUGAUGAGUCCAACACAGAAGAGAUAUGGAAACCAACAAAAAAGCCAGAAGAGCGCUGUCUUUUCAAGAGUCCUAAAUGUUGUAUUUUCCAUCUGAUUAAAGAGUGAUGUAACUCUGUACAGCGAACUUAGCAAUAGUAUUCUGGUAUGAUUGGGAAAUGGCUCAUCCUUAGCUACAAGCAAGUGCCUUUUGGUCUAGAAGAUUUUAUUUUAAGUGGUUGAGAAUCUCCUUUGUUGCAGCCUAGGAACUCUUAAGGGAUUUUAUUUUUAGUUCCCAUUCCUUCCAAGUAACAGCAGAGGAUAUCAUUAAUCAUCAGAGGUUCACAAUUUUUAAUAUUUUUCAAGAGGUUUUCUUUUCAUAAUAAAUAGCAAUCUCAAUAGAGGCAUUUCAAUUCAAAAGAUGUUACAGUCAACAUGUUACAUCUACCUGUUCUGAAUAUUAUUUUUAAUUGCAUAUUUUAACCUUCCACAUUUCAAGUUUUGCACAUAACCCUUUUCCCUACUCAUUUUAACAUUGCAGUCUUCUCUGACUGAGUGCUGUUUUGUACCUUUUCCCCAAUUCUAAAAUGAAUAAUGCUUUGGUUAAUUUAAGUUGUUCCUUUUAAAGAACCUCUUUAAACCUUCAGUGAAGAGAUGUCAGACCAAUUCUUUGUUAUUACACUUGGUUGCCUCCUAGCUAUAUAACUUCUGAGUGUAAAUCAUUGAACUUUACCCUCUAAUGAAGUAUUGUAGAAAAUAAAUUGUAGUGGAUACA